CUUUCGACUGACUCACGUUUUGUAUGUACCGUUAGCUGAUCCCUCGGAUCCUUAGUGGCUGAAGGAAAUAUGCGUAUAGUUCUGUUUUGAAUGCCAUUGUCGCCAAGGGCCUUGCCAUAGUAGUCGGGAGGCACAAUGGUGAAGUAUUUCUGCUGUGCAGGUUUUAUAAAAAGUUCCUGGGACCAAGUGUGCGUUGCAUUCUGGCAACGAUAUCCCAACCCUUACAGUAAUCAUGUUCUGACUGAAGACAUCAUUUUCCGAGAUGUUACUCCAAGCAACUGCCUCGUUUCCAGACGUCUGUUGACCAAGACAAGCCGGGCACCUCGCUGGAUGGAGCGGUACCUUCCAAAGCACAUGGCCAGCUCGGCCUACAUCAUUGAGGAUUCUGUUGUGGACCCUCAGGCGAGGACCAUGACCACACUAACAUGGAACAUCAGCCAUGCUCGCCUCAUGUCUGUGGAGGAGCGAUGUGAAUACCGCAUUAACAAUGACAAUGGCAGCUGGACAGAAAUAAAGAGGGAAGCCUGGAUCUCCUCCAAUGUAUAUGGGCUCUCAAGAGCUAUUCAGGAAUUUGGACUAGCAAGGUUUAAGACCGGUGUUACAAAGACCAUGAAAGGCUUUGAGUACGUCCUGGCCAAAAUGCAAGGUGAAACGCCAUCCCGAACCUUGGCAGAAACGGCUACCGAACGGGCAAGAGAGACAGCAUUGGCAGCCAAAGAGAAGGCCAAAGACUUGGCCUCACAGGCCCAAAAGAAGCAAUAUGUUUGACAUGCUCAUACAACCCAAUUGUUACUUUUCCACAUACACUUGGACAGUAAUCUUUUACCGCCUCCUGUUGUCCAGGUUUGUUUAGGGGGUAAGACGAGGCGAGGUGGUCCUGUUUAUAAGCAAAUGCAUUAGGGUGCCUCUUAGAUGGUCAGUGGACCAUUCAAGUCUGAACUGAGUUCACAUCUGUUAUAUUCCAUGUUCCUAUUACCCAGUUAUUCAAAAAUAAUCCGUUUGAUACAGGAGGACCUCAUAUUAUCUGCCAUUGAUACAUUCACUACCUGCCUGUAUUCAAUGUUUUGGAUGCGAGGUAAAGAAAAGCAUACUUUGAACCAAUUGUUGAAUGCAACUUUUGAAUGCCAUACAAAUGAUAGCAAAUCACCAGCCAAGAUACCUGUUCUUCAAAUCCAUGCUUGACCUCUGUGCCCAUCUGUGUGCUAUUUACUUUUUUUAAUUACAACACUAUUUCAUGUGAUUUUGUAUUGCCUGUGUACUUGACCUAUUCUUGGCAGCUUCUCACAUAGAAAUUGAGAUUACCAUAGAAUCGCUGAUUUAUCCAAAUAGUUUAACUAUAUAUUUUCUUUGAAAUGUCAUAGAAUCGUGGUAUGUUCAAGUCACCUGAUCUUAAAUUAAUCCUUGCACUUGAUUAAUAAUUUCAUUGUUUUAUUUCAGUUCAGAAUAUCUCAUUGCUUCAAAUUGAAGUUCUUUGCAUGAUGAUGGGUCCAUUUAGUCAUUGCUUGAAAAUAAAUCCAUAAUUUAAUGCUUUGACAGUCA